GAUUUAUUAGGCGACUUAGAACUAAAGCAUCAUAGAGUAGAUAAGAAAGCUCGUGAGCUUCUUCAAGUGACUAAGUCUACGGAAAGGAUGCAUACAAACAAGCUAUCUAGUUGAUCAGCCAUGCAGACCCAGCCACAGCGCCGUAUGGGGGUGGUCGUCCCACUCGCCCCCCAAGCCUCACGAACUUCAGUUUACUAUGAGCAUAUCCGGGUGAGCGGCCUACCUAGGGAGCGCGGGAGGCAAUAUGGGAAACAGGCAGCGGCCAAGAUACGCCAAAACAUCAAUCACUACCUACAACCCGGCCAAUUGCCGCCAUGGGAACGAACAGUCAAGUAUAUCAAUGACAUAUAUGUACCUGGGAUUAAGGAGCACUUCCCGUCGGCCCUAGAGGAGAUGAAGGGAAUUGCUGAAGGGGCGGGGGUCACAGUGGAAGAGAUCAUUAUGCUCAACGCUAGGUACGACUUAUCACGAGCUCCAGGAGGUUCUCGACACCGUCCGUCCCCCUCGGGGGCAGGCGUUCUCCCCAUCGGUGUUUGGAGACACGUUGAAGAGUCCGAAGGAUGGGACGACCUUGAUAACGAGUGCACGAGCAGCGCUUUCUGGGAAGGGGCUACGGCGGGAGGUGGCGUAUACACGGCACAGAACUGGGACAUAUCAUCGCAUCUAUAUAACAAUGAUCUUGUUAUCCUAUUGGAGAUCCAUCCGGAUCCCUCUGAAAAUGCCCCGAGUUUAUUCCUAGUGACUGAAGCUGGCCAAAUGGGCCGUUCGGGCAUGAACUCAGCUGGCUUGGGAUUGACCGCCAAUUCCCUUAACUCAACCGCCGACUACUUCCCUGAAGAUGGUUCAAAUACGCCUAGAUUGCCAAUUUCCCUCCUCAGACGUCUUUUCCUACAAGAGAAGUCAUUCCCAAAGGGAUUACAGGCGGUGUACAAUGCACCUCGUCAUGUUUCUAAUAACUUAACCUUAUCCACGUCCGAAGGCUUCGCACUCUGUAUGGAAAUUACGCCCAACGAGGCGUUCGUGCUCACUCCAACAGCCAGAGAUAAUCACAUCAUCCACUCGAAUCACUUCCUUACCCCGGCCAUCCAUGCUCGCACCGAUAUUAAGGAUUCUUAUGCUGGUGGCAGUAGUUGGUUUCGGCAUGUGAGGUUUGAAAAGGGGGUCAUCCCAUUUUUAGAGGGCCGCGUCGAUGCCGAAGUUAUUACAAAGGCAUUUUCGGACCACCUUGGUUACCCACAAAGUCUCUGCCAGCACGUUGAUACCUCCGGCGGAGAAGGUAUUCCCGGGUAUCCUUUCAAGAAGAGCAUGACAGUCGCGUGCGUUGUGUAUGACCUUUCACGCAAAGUGGUCACGGUAUGUAAAGGCCCACCAUGCCAAGGGGUAUUUGAGAAAUUCCGUUUGGACUAGGCUUUCUUAAGCGUAAAUGGAUAGAUAGGUCCUAGUUCUUGUCGUAUAAUUGCUCAUUGUAUGAAU